CCCAAGGCGCCCAGGUGAGCGACGAAGGAGGGGCGGUCGCCUCCCUGCCAAACCAAACCCGGCCCGCAACCAGCAGAACAGCGGCACAGCAUGUGUGCGGAGCUGGCCGGGGAAGAUGUAUGUAGGUUAUCUUUUGGAUAAAGACACCAACAUGUAUCCCAGCCCUGUCCGGCAUCCCAGCCUCAACCUCAACCCCCAGAAUUAUGUGCCGGGGCCACCCCAGUACUCGGACUUCGCCAGCUACCACCAUGUACCGGGGAUUAAUAGCGACCCGCACCAUGGGCAGCCGGCAGCCGCCUGGGGCUCUCCCUACACCCCUGCCAAGGAGGACUGGCAUUCCUACGGGACCACCGCUGCACCUUCCACUGCCAGCCCAGGGCAGUUUGGAUUCAGCCCCCCAGAUUUUAACACCAUCCAACCCCCAGGGUCUGGACUCCUGCCUCCGCCCAUCAGCAGCUCAGUCCCCCAGCUCUCCCCUAAUGCCCAGAGACGCACCCCGUACGAGUGGAUGAGGCGCAGCAUUCCCAGCACCAGCAACAACGGCAAGACCAGGACAAAAGACAAGUACCGGGUGGUUUAUACAGACCACCAGCGCCUGGAGCUGGAGAAGGAGUUUCACUACAGCCGCUACAUCACCAUCCGCCGCAAGGCUGAGCUGGCCGCUGACCUUGGGCUCACUGAACGGCAGGUGAAAAUCUGGUUUCAAAAUCGGAGGGCAAAGGAGAGGAAGGUGAACAAGAAGAAGAUGCAGCAGCAAAGCCAGCCCACCAGCACCACCACACCAACCCCACCGGCCGUCGGCACGCCGGGACCCAUCGGAGGCCUCUGCAGCAGCAGUGCCCCAAACCUCGUCUCCUCAUCUCCGCUGAUGAUCAAGGAGGAAUUCAUGCCUUAACCUCCUUCACCAGCUAUAGACACCAAGAGAUAAGCACUAUGCAGCAGAGCCCAGCCGGUCAUGUGCUCUGAAGAGUGACAGCCCCUUCCCAAAGACACCAUGAUCCUCAGCUGAACCAACAGGGUGGCCAGCAAGGCUGGGCGAGGUGGCACCAGGACCUUCCCAAGGGGCUGGUGGGCUCUCUCCUAUGUAAAAACCAUAGGUUAGGUAGUAUUGCUCUCCUGUAGGAAAUGUGCACUGGUCUGGUCUCUGGUAUUUGUAGCCCAAAGCAAGGUCCUAAUGUCAGCAGAAGGAAGGGGGUGGUGGAUGGCUUUCCCUUGGUGCUUCAGGUGGAGCUGGUAGGACGCUUCCUUCAGUCCUCCUUGCAAUCCAUCUGCCUGGUGCUUUUCGGGCAGUUUGAACAAGACUGAACUAGAAAAAGACCUGGCUGGACUCAGGGCAAAACAAAUUUCUGCUGAGCUGGUCUCCUGGGUCUGCCGCACUGGGAAGAGGGGUGCCGAAGGCAGAGCGAGUUGGGCUGCAGGAGCCAGGCAGGACCCUCGGCCAUGGGACCCAAGGGGUGACUCCUUCAAACCAUGGUGAUGGUGGUGAGCCAGAGCACACCCUUGGCAAGAGUCCCUGCACAUCCCCACCCAUGUCCCCCAGCCACCCUGACAGUGCCCACUCCUGUGCCCCCAGCUCUGCCCCUGCAGUCACAAAGACCCAUGCAGAGAGUGUCCAGCAGCCCUGGUGCCCCGGUUGUGCCAUGGCAAGGCAACACUGCAGACAUCCUCGACCCAGAGCACAGGAGGAGGAGAGGAGAGGA